AAUGGACGAGCGCGUACCAACGUUCCAUCCGGUCCGUGGAAGUUACAGGCGAGGCAGAGAGAGAGUGAGGCGCGCCGUGAAAGCCCCAGUCCAAUCCUCUCAUCAUCCUCGCAUGGAGCAAAUGGUGCGUGGAGCGUCAAGACGUCGUUAGGAAGAGAGAAAGAGAGUUCCAAGUUCCACUUCUAGAGCGCAGGGACAUUUGGUUCCAAAAUUCCUUGCGGGACAAAAGAGACCAUUUCUCUAAAAUGAUGAGCAAAGUGGACGCGUCAUGCAGGCCGACUGCCGCGUCUCUCAAAUUCACCAUAGACAAUAUUCUGAACCUGCAGACAUACUCGAGCGGUAACAACGGUAGGAAGACAGUUGACAGCUGUCAUUCCGGUAGCAGGCUACAGAAUAGCACGGGACUGUACUGGUUCGAUGACCAUGAACGGAGAAUGGACCCCGCGACAAGGCUACACGAUGCAGAGCCGGAUAACGACUGUAGCCCAACCGGAGGACCCAAGGCCGUCGCUAUCACCCGGGAAGACUCGUUACAGAUCACCGACAAUUGCUUCGAAAGCGGGGACAGCGGCGACGACUGCUCCUCGACGCAUCACACCGGAGACGGUGACAGCAGCGGCAAGAAAAAAACAACUGUUAAAAAUAACUAAGAAAAAAACUCGCACAAUCUUCUCCAAGAGACAGAUCUUUCAGUUGGAAUCUACUUUCGAUAUGAAGCGGUACCUUAGCAGCGCCGAGCGCGCCUGCCUCGCCAGUUCUCUCCAGCUGACGGAAACGCAGGUCAAAAUCUGGUUCCAGAACCGAAGGAAUAAAUUGAAAAGACAGAUUUCAACAGCGCUAGAUGGUCCCAACGGUGAUUUCUCCGACGCGGGUCCGGGGAAGGCUCUGCAGCUCCCGGCCUUGUACAAAGACAAUAACCUGCUGGGGAGAUGCUUGAUGCCGAUGCCCCUGCCCAUCGUAUACCCUGGCAGUAGCACGCAUUAUUUAUGUUUUUCCAAUGCCAGCAAGUACUUUAGUCUAUUCGAAGGAGACCUUGUCCUGUAGUAGACAAGGCCGAGUCUGCUUAAAGGAGACGUAGUCCUAUUUUAAACCCGGCCUAGUCUGUUCGAAGGAGGCGUAGGGUUAGCAUCAUCGCCAAAAAGACACUGUUUACAAAGUGAUAUAUCAUGCCAAUUUCAGCUUCCGCA